CACUUUGAGUAGCUCAUGAAGCUCAGAAGUGAAUAACAAUGUUCUACGCAUGAUUUCUUUCCUAUAGAAAGUACUUAGUACUAGUACUACUGGAUUCUAGAGGAGCUCGAUCUCCAUUCUGAUUAGAGGUGGCAAACGAACGAGUUUGAACAAAUCAAAACGGGUUGUGAUAUGUAUAUAUACACAACGUUCCUCUGUAAGUUCUUGAAUUCGAAUAUCAACCUCAGAGCUUCACAGCUAGCAUGGCUUCUACUCAGAGGAUACAAGAAUAUGAAAGUCUAUCAACACCACUAUUGAGUGAAAAAGAUGGGAAUCAUACAACAGAUCAUAAAGGGAAUCAAACAACACUAGGCCGCGCUAAUUUUCUAAGCCGCUGGACAUUUUCAUGGAUCAAUCCUUUGCUGAAAUUGGGUUACUCUAGACCAUUGGUUCUUGAAGACAUACCAACCCUUUUGCCAGAAGAUGAAGCUUUCAUAGCUUAUGAGACAUUUGCAGCAAAAUGGGAUAAACUCAGAAAAAAAUGCAAUACCCACGAAACCAAUCCCGGAAGUUUGAUUAUUAAUGUGAUGACUAAAGUAUUCGCAAAAGACAUGAUAAUUGUAGGACUCUGUGCACUCCUUAGAACAAUUGCCGUUGUGGUUUCCCCUCUUUUGCUAUGUGCAUUUGUGCAGUACUCCAAUUGUUUGGAUAAAGAUCUCAAUCAAGGUCUCAUUCUUGUUGGGUGGUUAUUGGUCAUGAAGGGUAUUGAGUGUGUGUGCCAAAGACACUGGUUUUUCAAUUCUAGGAGGUCUGGGAUGAGAAUGAGAUCAGCUUUAAUGGUUGCAAUCUACAAGAAGCAGCUAAACCUUUCAAGCCUUGGAAAGCGAAGGCACUCUACAGGGGAGAUUGUGAAUUAUAUCGCUGUUGAUGCUUAUCGAAUGGGGGAAGCUUUCUGGUGGUUCCACAUGGCAUGGAGUCUCGUACUCCAACUUUUUCUCUCGAUUGGUGUGCUUAUUUGUGUCUUAGGUUAUGGUGUCCUUCCGGGUUUGGUUCCACUUUUCAUUGUCGUCCUUUUCAAUGUACCCAUGGCAAGGAUCUAUAACAAUUGUCUAUCCAAAUUCAUGACUGCGCAAGAUGAACGGUUGAGAGCUACUUCAGAGAUCUUGAAUAAUAUGAAAAUCAUCAAGUUGCAGUCGUGGGAAGAGAAAUUCAAGAAUGUGAUUGACUCUCUUCGCGAAAAAGAAUUCAAAUGGUUAGCUGAAACUCAAAUUAAGAAGUCCUAUUCGACAAUACUAUAUUGGUUUGCACCCACCAUAAUCUCCAUCAUGGUGUUCAUUGGAUGCGUGAUCCUCCAAACUGCGCCGUUGAAUGCUGCCAACAUAUUCAUGAUUCUUGCUAUGUUACGGAACAUGCAAGAACCUGUUAGAACAAUCCCCGAGUCUAUUUCUACAUUGAUUCAAGUCAGGGUCUCGUUGGAUCGUAUAGGUACCUUUUUGCUUGACGAUGAGUUCUGUGAGAAAAUGAGGGUCCCAAUGAUCAAUUCCGACAUCAGUAUCAGAAUUCAAGGAGGUACUUUCAGUUGGGUUCCCGAAUCUGCAAUUCCAGCAGUCAAAGAUAUGAAUUUGGAAGUGAAAAGAGGGCAAACAGUUGCAGUUUGUGGGCCAGUUGGUGCCGGAAAAUCAUCACUUUUACAUGCAAUAGUAGGCGAAGUACCCAAAAUCUCAGGAUCAGUGAAUGUUAUUGGGUCUGUUGCUUAUGUAUCUCAAGCACCUUGGAUCCAAAGUGGGACAAUUCGAGAUAACAUACUCUUUGGAAAGCCAAUGAACAGAAUCAAAUAUCUUGAAGCCAUAAAAGCAUGCGCUCUAGAUAUAGAUCUUAAAAGUUUCAACCAUGGUGACCUCACAGAAAUUGGUCAAAGAGGGCUUAAUUUGAGUGGUGGACAGAAACAAAGGAUCCAGCUUGCCAGAGCAGUCUACGAUGAUGCUGACAUCUAUCUUCUCGAUGACCCUUUUAGUGCAGUUGAUGCACAUACAGCUGCAGUUCUUUUCAAUGGUUGUGUUGUGGCUGCUCUGCAGGAUAAAACCGUCAUUCUAGUAACUCAUCAGGUUGAGUUUCUCAACAAAGCUGAUAAAAUUCUGGUCAUGGAAGGAGGACAAGUGACUCAAUUAGGAAGCUAUGAGGAACUACUAACAUCCGGGACAGUUUUUGAACAACUUGUGAAUGCUCACAACGAUGCAGUCUUAUCUUCAAAUAAUGAAAACCAAGGUGAAUCAAAAAAAUUGGAGGCAGAUCAGCUACGCGAGCCAUAUCAGUCUCACAGCAUUCAAGAAAACACUGAAAAGGAGCUUUCGGUUGAGGGUAUUCCAGGGAUCCAACUAACAAAAGAGGAAGAUACAGCAAUGGGAAAUGUUGGGUGGAGGCCAUUCUUGGAUUAUAUCAAUAUUUCAAAGGGGUCAUUUCUUCUUGGUUUGACCUUGUUCGUGCAGUUUGCUUUCUCUGCUUUGCAGGCGGCGGCAACUUAUUGGUUAGCAAUAGCCAUUGAAGUUCCCAAAAUAAACUAUGCAACAUUGAUUGGAGUCUAUGCUGGACUGUCAACCCUAAGUACAUUAUUUGUAUUUCUAAGAACUUUGUUUUCAGCCUAUCUAGGACUCAAAGCUUCCAGGGCUUUCUUCCUAGGUUUUAUGAAUUCAGUGAUCAAAGCACCCAUGCUCUUCUUUGACUCCACGCCCAUUGGAAGGAUAUUUACUAGGGUUUCAUCAGAUAUGAGCAUUUUGGAUUUCGACAUACCUUUUGCUAUUGCCUAUUAUGUUCAUUGUGUAAUAGAUAUGUUGGCAAUAAUUGGAAUAAUGGCCUCUGUCACAUGGCCGGUGCUCAUUGUAGCGGCUCCUGCAAUAAUAGCUGCAACAUAUGCUCAGAGAUAUUACCUAUCCUCUGCAAGGGAAUUAAUGAGAAUCAAUGGAGUAACCAAAGCGCCAAUUAUGAACUACACAGCAGAAAGUUCACUAGGUGUAGUCACUAUAAGAGCUUUUAACAUGACAGGCCAGUUCUUCCGGAACUACCUCAAGCUCGUUGACACAGAUGCAAGACUCUUCUUUCAUUCCAACACUGCCACGGAAUGGUUACUUCUACGAGUGGAAACACUACAAAAUCUGACUCUAAUCACUAAUGCUCUUCUUCUUGUCCUGCUUCCUCAGGGUUACUUAGAUUCAGGGCUCAUGGGACUAUCUCUUUCUUAUGCUCUCACACUGAGCACUGUUCAAGUGAUGAUGUCACGUUGGUAUUGCAAUUUAGCAAACUACAUCAUUUCUGUUGAACGAAUCAAACAAUUCAUGGAUAUACCACCAGAACCUCCUGCAAUUGUAGAUGACGCGAGGCCACCUCCUUCGUGGCCCUCUCAUGGAAGGAUAGAGUUGCAUGAUCUAAAAAUUAGGUAUCGGCCAAAUGCUCCACUGGUUCUCAAGGGAAUCGCUUGCACUUUCAAUGAAGGCCGUCGAGUGGGAGUUGUUGGAAGAACUGGAAGUGGUAAAAGUACACUAAUAAGUGCUCUGUUCAGAUUAGUGGAGCCUGAAAGUGGCAGAAUUCUCAUAGAUGGCCUCAAUAUAUGCUCUAUGGGUUUGAAGGAUUUAAGAUCAAAACUCAGUAUCAUCCCUCAAGACCCCACUCUUUUUCGGGGCAGCAUUCGAUCAAACUUGGAUCCUCUAGGCCUGUACUCUGAUACUGAGAUAUGGGAGGCCCUCAGCAAAUGCCAACUUAAGGAUACAGUAAGCAGUCAACCGAACCUUCUAGAUUCAGUGGUGAGUGAUGAAGGUGAAAAUUGGAGUGUUGGGCAGCGUCAACUCUUGUGUCUUGGAAGAGUCCUCCUUAAAAGAAACAAGAUUCUAGUUCUAGACGAAGCUACUGCAUCAAUUGACACUGCUACAGAUGCCAUUGUGCAGACAAUCAUCCGACAAGAGUUCCCUAGCUGUACGGUGAUAACCGUAGCUCACAGAGUUCCCACAGUCACAAAUAGUGACAUGGUCAUGGUUCUCUCUUUCGGGGAAAUGGUGGAGUAUGAUGAGCCCUUAAAGCUUAUGCAGACCAACUCCUAUUUUUCAAGGCUUGUUGAGGAAUACUGGUCUAGCUGUGGGAGAAAUUCUGUUCAAGGAUUCGGUAAUUUUUAGUGGAAAAACGGUAAACUGUCAUUUAUAUAAGAGCGAC